AUGAGCCCCAACCGGUUUCUAUCUUUCUAAAACAACCAAACCACAAUUCAGCUGCAUUCCAGUUCAGUCUGGACUCAGACAGAGCGCGUUCAGGUGUGUAACGCAGUAAAACGGUCCAGCAGAAGAACACAGUGCUAAACGGAGAAGACGUGUCUGUGCUGAUGCUCUUUCUCUCGUAGCUCUGCUGUGUAGGCAAACACAUGAAGAUGGACUGAAGACUUUUAGACACACCUCAGAAAAGGGAGCAGUCCAGCUGUGAGUGUGUGAAGACUAAAAUUUCUACAAUGGAGCUUCAGACCAUCAGCAGUGGAGAAGGAACAAAGGUAAAGAAUGCAGGAUCUCCAGAAUCCAGCUGUGAGUCUAUGAAGAGUGACCGGUCCCCGUCUGACUACCCUGUAUUCAGCAGUCUGGGGGAAGAGCCCAGCUGUGAGUCUAUGAAGAGUGACCGGUCCCCGUCUGACUACCCUGUAUUCAGCAGUCUGGGGGAAGAGCCCAGCUGUGAGUCUAUGAAGAGUGACCGGUCCCCGUCUGACUACCCUGUAUUCAGCAGUCUGGGGGAAGAGCCCAGCUGUGAGUCUAUGAAGAGUGACCGGUCCCCGUCUGACUACCCUGUAUUCAGCAGUCUGGGAGAAAAGCCCAGCUGUGAAUCUAUGAAGAGUGACCAGGCCAUUGGGAAUCCUCCUGGACUUGGCUGUGAAGCUGUUCCCUCUGAUCCAGAGUGGUGCCCCAUGGAAGCAACUCUACAUAUAUAUACUCCAUUUGAAAGAACUGAUCACCUGCAGCAGGAAUUUUGUCCACCAACAGAUAAUAUUCUGUACAGAGUCUUUGAGAGACACAAAACUAGCUUGAAGAACAAGCAUGAGAGCUUGUUUGAAGGAAUGAAGACACAAGAGAAAAAAACCUUCCUGAACAAAAUUUACACACAGCUCUAUGUCAGAGAGGGAGCGAGUGAAGGAAUGAAAGAAGAACAUGGAGUUUUACAGAUGGAGAAGACACCUAGGAAAAGCCUACCUGACAUCAAAGAACAUAAAAAGAGAAAGCUUUAUAAGGAGAAAGUGAAAGCUAUUUUCAGAUUCAGAGGUCUCAGACACAAAGAUAGAAAAGAUAACAAAGGGCCAAAUGUGCCAGAGCUGAGAACUGUGCUGACUAAAGGAGUUGCUGGCAUUGGAAAAACUGUCUCUGUGCAGAAAUUCAUUCUGGACUGGGCCGAAGGAAAAGCCAAUCAGGAUGUAGAUGUCAUGUUUGUGCUUCCGUUCCGGGAGCUGAACUUGAUUAAAGAUGAUCAAUACAGUCUUCAUGGACUUCUGUGUGGUUUCCAUCCUGAGCUCAAAGAUCUGGACCCAGAGAUUUAUGAUCAGAUUAAAGCUAUCUUUAUAUUUGAUGGUCUGGAUGAAAGCAGAAUUCCGCUGGACUUUGAACAGUGUGAGAAAGUAUCUGACAUCACCAUGACAUCAUCAGUGGAUGUGUUGAUGACAAACCUCAUCAAAGGAGUGCUGCUUCCCUCUGCUCUGAUCUGGAUCACCUCCCGACCAGCAGCAGCCAAUCGGAUCCCUUCCCAGUAUAUUAACCGUAUGACAGAAAUCCAGGGAUUCAAGAACCCACAGAAGGAGGAGUACUUCAGGAAGAGGAUCAGUGAUGAAGACCAAGCCAAGAGUAUCAUCUCCCACAUUAACACAGCGAGGAGCCUCCACAUCAUGUGCCACAUUCCAGUCUUCUGCUGGAUCUCAGCCACUGUUCUUCAGAGAAUCAGGAAACAGCAUCACACAGAAAUCCCUAAAACUCUGACUGAAAUGUACUCACACUUUCUGAUCACUCAGACCAACAUGAAGAACGAGAAGUAUGAGGAAAUAGACGAGAGAGACACAGAGAACCUGCUGAAGUCCAACAGAACCAUGAUACUGAAACUGGCUGAACUGGCUUUUAAACAGCUGAUGAAGGGCAAUGUGAUGUUCUAUGAAGAGGACCUGAGAGAGAGCAGCAUUGAUGUCACUGAGGCCUCAGUGCAUUCUGAGAUUUUCACUGAGAUCUUUAGGGAGGAAUGUGAGCUUCACCUGAGGAAGGUCUACUGCUUUGUUCAUCUGAGCUUUCAGGAGUUCCUGGCUGCUGUUUAUGUGUUUUACUGCUUUGAGACCAAGAAAACGGAGCUGCUGCAUGUUUUCCUGCAUGAUUAUUGUUACGAUUAUGAGAGUAGAGGCAGUGAGACUUCUGAGGACAGAAGCAGCUUUGAGACAGAGCACAGAGGUGAAUCUGAAAAUGUGCCACUGGACAGACUGUUGAAGGAAGCAGUGCACAAAGCUGUAGAGAGUCAGGACGGACAGCUGGAUCUUUUCCUCAUUUUCCUGCUGGGCAUCUCACUGGAGUCCAAUCAGAGACUCCUAUGGGGCUUGCUGACACACACAGAGAGUAAUUCAGAGAAAACCUUAGAGUACAUUAAGAAAUUAGUCAAAGGGGAAGAUACACAAUUUAUCAUCUCCAAUGAACAAUGCAUCAAUCUGUUCCUCUGUCUGUCUGAAAUGAAAGAUGAGUCUCUCUUCAACGAGCUUCAGGAGCAUCUAAAAUCAGAGAAACAUACAGAUGACGAGCUCUCUCCUGGACAGUGUUCAGCACUAGCCUGCAUGCUUCUGAUCUCAGAUGGGAUGCUGGGUGAGCUGGACCUGAAGAAAUACAACACCUCAGAGGAGGGUUAUAAGAGACUGAUCCCAGCUGUGACCGCCUGCAAAAAAGCUAUAUUAGCUGACUGUGAUCUCACAAUGGAUGCAUGGGAAGCUCUGUGUUCUGCUCUACAAUCAGCAAACUCCUCUCUGAAAGAGCUGGACAUCAGUAACAAUCAUCUGCAGAAUUCAAGAGUGGAGCUGCUCUUAGCUGGACUGAAGAGUUCACAUUGUAAACUGGAGAAACUCAGACUAGCUUUCUGUGAACUUGGGGACAAAGCUUGUGAAAAUCUGGGAUCAGCACUCCAGUCUGCAAACUUAUCUCUGAAAGAGCUGGACCUCAGUAACAAUGACCUGCAGGAUUCAGGAGUGAAGCUGCUCUCAGUUGGACUAAUGAAUUCACAAUGUAAACUGGAGACACUCAGACUAGCUCUCUGUAAUCUUGGAGAAAAAGCUUGUAAAAAACUGGGAGUGGUGCUGUCAUCAAGAAACUCCUCCCUGAAAGAGCUGGACCUCAGUAACAAUGACCUGCAGGAUUCAGGAGUGGAGCUGCUAUCUAUUGGACUGAAGAGUUCACACAGUAAACUAGAGAUACUCAGACUAGCUCUAUGUAAUAUUGGGGAGAAAGCUUGUAAAAGUCUGGGAUCAGCUAUACAGUCAGUAGAUUCUCUCCUCAAAAUGCUGGACCUCAGUAACAAUGACCUGAAGGAUAUAGGAGUGGAGUGGCUGUCUGCGGUACUGAAGACUUCACACUGUAAACUGGAAAUACUCAGAUUGUCUGGUUGUAUGGUUACAGAUGAAGGCUGUUGUUCUUUGGCAUUGGCUCUGAAAUCAAAUCCCUUCCAAUUGAGAGAACUGGAUCUGACGUAUAAUCACCCUGGAGAUUCUGGAGUGAAACUGCUUUCUGAUCGACUGGAGGAUCCACACUGCGCACUGGAGAAACUACAAGUGGAACAUGAAGGGAAGAUUAGAAUGAAACCAGGACUAAAGAAAUAUGCCUGUGAUCUCACUCUGGACCCAAACACAGCACACACUCGGCUCUCCCUAUCUGAGGAGAACAAAAAGGUGGAGCGUGUGGACGAGCGGCUCUGGUGUCUGGAUAAUCCGGAGAGAUUUAAAUACUGGGAGCAGGUUCUGAGUGUGGAGAGUCUGACUGGACGCUGUUACUGGGAGGCUGAGUGGAGUGAGAGUGGAGCUUAUGUAGCUGUCUCAUACAGAGAGAUCAGCAGGGAAGGAAACAGUAGUGACAGUGGGUUUGGACUCAAUAAACAGUCAUGGAGCCUGUACUGUUCUGAUGACAAGUACACUGUCAGACACAAUGGAAAGGAAACUGUUACCUCCCGCUUGCGCUCCCGCUCCAGUAGAGUAGGAGUGUAUCUGGAUUGGAUGGCUGGCACUCUGUCUUUCUACAGCAUCUCACCUAAUACAAACAAACUGACCCACAUACACACACUCUACUCCACAUUUACAAAGCCCCUUCAUGCAGGCUUUAGGGUUGAUUAUGGCUCCUCAGUGCGUGUGUGUCACAUUGAAUAGUUCUGGCUAGUAACUGGUCUGGGGGUUUCUUCAGGUGUUUCCAGGAAUUGUGGAGGGCAAGAUUCAAGAGUUUAUUGUCAUAUGCACAUGAGAAACAGACAUUUACACUGCACAAUAAAGCUCUUACAUUGCA